AUCUUUUAGGUCAGCUAGCAAUCAAGCUACUGAUAAUUCUGUAAAAAGACUUCUUAUAUGCCACAUUUUUAUUUGUACAAAAAGCGAACGUUAAAUGUCCUCCAACAUCAUCAACUACUACUUCAUCAUGGCCGGAUGUGGACGUGGCAUAUAGACUCAAUUCUUCCGGUGCGCGUGAGGAAGGGAUUAAACGUCUGUCUCUCUGCUCUCUUUCCGUGAAAGAACGGCAGCCUUAUCGCGUUUACCGGCGUUUAGAACCGGAACGGCGUCCCGACGACUCGUUCGUUAACCCAUCAAGCUGUUUAUGAGAGUUAGGGAUGAACUGAGAAUGAAUGUCAACCAGCAACCUCACAUGGCCUCUCCUUACGGGCAGCCUCAGCCUGGGUAUCAGGGCUACCCCCAACCUGGCUAUGGGGGCGGCCACGCGCCAUCGGGAUAUCCAGCUCAGUACGCACCUUACAAUGGGCCAGGUUCUGCCUACCAACAAGGUCCACCGCAAGGAUAUUCUCCUUAUGCAAGCUUUCCCUCUAAGACUCUCGCAACAAACUUAGUCUCUGACCUGUCCUCCUCCUCUCCUCUUGACCUAGGUAUGAGAGGACCCCCCACUUCAGGGGCACCACCUGUCUCAGGUGCCCAGAACUAUUCUCAGUUUGGGCAAGGAGAAACUCAAAAUGGACCACCUCCGAUGGGUGCUCCACCACAGAGGCCUCCAGUGUCUCAAACUUACACUCCAGCUGCGGUGAAUCUCUCUGGUCCUCAGCCCCCAUACGGCCAGCAGUUUGAAGCUCCACCUGUCAGCAUGCAGCAGAUGACCAAUCAGAUGGCCAGCAUGCAGGUUGGCUCCACUGCGCCAUCCCCUGCAGGCCCAGGCUAUGCCCCUCCCUCCGUAUCCCAGGCUCCUAUCUCCGCUGCCUACACACCUGCAGCUCCUCCCACUUUUCCACUCGCCUCCACUGCUCCCACACAGCCUCUGCCUACUGAAGCUAUGGCUCAGGCUCCCCCUCAGUCCUACUACAGAGUUCCACCUCCUGCCCAGCAGCCUUUCUCCUCCACUGGCCCCACUCAGCCCCAAGCCCCACCACCUGUUUCUCAACAGUCCUUCCCUCAAGUUCCGCCUGUCUCUCAGCCUCCUUUUUCCACAGCCCUGCCUCCGGGUCCCACCCAGUCAUAUGGAGGCCCACUUCCUCCAACACAGCCCUCUUUCCAAAGACCUCUGCUUCCCACCUCCCAGCCCUCCUCUUUCCCUGGAGGGCCACCACCCACCUCGACUCCAUCUCAGUUCCCAGGGGUCAUGCCACCCCAACCACCAGUUUCCCAACCCUCACCUUAUCACUCAGGUCCACCUCCAAACGCUACUGGGUUUCCACCACAAGUUGGUGCACAACCAAGGCCUCCCCUUGCUGGAAUGCAGGGGCCUCCAAUGGCAUCGCAGGGGCCUCCAAUGGCAUCGCAAGGGCCUCCAAUGGCAUCGCAAGGGCCUCCAAUGGCAUCGCAAGGGCCUCCAAUGUCACAGGCUAAUCAUGUACCCCCUUCACAACAUGGCAUGCCACCUAGUCCUACCAAUGCUUCCCUGUCAGGGCCACCACCACAGCCAGGAAUGCAGGGAUAUCCUCCUCAGCAAAACGGUGCUUUCGGGCAGGUCAGAGGUCCUCAGCCUGGCUAUUCAGGACCGUAUUCUGGGCAGCCAAAUUAUGGAGCGCCAUCUGCUGCACCUGCCCCAGCACCACCUGCCCCGAAGAGGCUUGAUCCUGAUUCUAUUCCAAGCCCGCAAGCCUCUGACAUGCCGCCUGUGCAGAAAACAAGACAUAGAAUAGACCCAGACGCAAUCCCCAGUCCAAUUCAGGUUAUCGAGGAUGACAAAGCAAACAAGGGAAGUGAACCUUUUACAACAGGGGUCAGAGGUCAAGCCCCACCUCUUGUCACCACCAAAUUCCAAGUUAGAGAUCAAGGAAAUGCGAGUCCACGCUACAUCCGUUGUACAGCCUACAACGUGCCCUGCAAUUCCGACAUGGCCAAACAGUCCCAGGUGCCCCUGGCUGCUGUCAUUAAACCCCUGGCCACUCUGCCUCCAGAUGAGACACCGCCAUAUCUCGUAGAUCAUGGAGAAAGUGGCCCCAUCCGCUGUAAUCGCUGUAAGGCCUAUAUGUGCCCGUUCAUGCAGUUUAUUGAAGGUGGCCGUCGUUUCCAGUGUGGCUUCUGCAGCUGUGUCACCGAGGUGCCUCCCCAUUACUUCCAGCAUCUGGAUCACACAGGGAAGAGGGUGGACUGCUACGACCGACCGGAGCUCUCAAUGGGCAGUUAUGAGUUUAUGGCUACUGUGGACUACUGUAAGAACAACAAGUUUCCUCAACCGCCAGCCUUCAUCUUCCUGAUUGACGUGUCCUACAAUGCUGUGAAGAAUGGCAUGGUAGGAAUCGUAUGCCAGGAGCUGAAGACAUUGUUGGAUUACUUGCCCAGACAGAAUCCUGAUGUGGAAUCAAACAUUCGAGUUGGCUUUGUCACCUACAAUAAAGUGCUUCAUUUCUAUAAUGUGAAGGCCUCCCUUGCCCAGCCACAGAUGAUGGUUGUGUCAGAUGUGGCUGACAUGUUUGUGCCCCUACUGGAUGGAUUUCUGGUCAAUGUCUCAGAGUCCAGGGUGGUUAUUGAGAGUUUGUUGGAUCAGAUCCCUGAGAUGUUUGCAGACACGCGGGAAACUGAGACUGUAUUUGGGCCUGUUAUUCAGGCUGGGCUGGAAGCGCUCAAGGCUGCAGACUGUGCUGGAAAGCUCUUUGUUUUCCACUCGUCUCUUCCCAUCGCUGAGGCUCCAGGCAAACUGAAGAACAGAGAGGAUAAGAAACUAGUGGGCACUGAUAAAGAGAAGUCAUUAUUCCAGCCACAAGUUAGUUUUUACAACACCUUAGCCAAGGAGUGUGUGGCACAGGGUUGCUGUGUGGACCUUUUCCUCUUUCCCAACCAGUAUGUUGAUGUAGCAACAUUAGGGGUGGUCCCCACUUCAACAGGCGGAUCCAUCUACAAAUACACCUACUUCCAGGCUUCGACUGACCAGGAGCGUUUCCUCAAUGACCUGAGGAGAGAUGUGCAGAAGCAGGUGGGCUUUGAUGCAGUGAUGAGGGUCCGCACCAGCACAGGUAUCCGGGCGACCGACUUCUUUGGUUCCUUCUACAUGAGCAACACCACAGAUGUAGAGCUGGCAGGACUAGACUGUGACAAGACCGUUACCGUGGAGUUCAGACAUGACGACAAGCUCAGUGAGGAAACUGGAGCUCUAAUGCAGUGUGCUGUUCUGUACACCACCUGCAAUGGUCAGCGACGGCUUCGGAUCCAUAACAUGGCAGUGAACUGUUGCUCUCAGCUUGCAGACCUAUACAGGAACUGUGAGACUGACACAAUCAUCAACUUCUUCGCCAAAUAUGCAUAUCGGAGUGUACUCAGCAGUCCUACCAAGAAUGUACGUGACAGCCUGGUGAAUCAGUGUGCACAGAUCUUAGCCUGUUACCGCAAGAAUUGUGCCAGUCCAUCUUCAGCAGGGCAGGGCUCUGGCAGCACAGCAGACGGGAAGCGCAGUGCCGCGGACAUCUCACAGUUGAUUUUACCAGAAUGUAUGAAGCUGCUGCCCGUGUAUCUGAACUGUGUGUUGAAGAGUGACAUUCUGCAGCCUGGGGCGGACGUCUCCCUGGAUGACCGUGCCUACCUGAGACAGCUGGUCAGCGCUAUGGAUGUGGCCGAGAGCCAUGUGUUCUUCUACCCUCGGCUGCUUCCGCUGCAACAGCUGGAUGUUGAGAGCAUGUCUCUGCCUGUGGCAGUGAGAGACUCGGAGGAGAGACUGUCUAGGGGAGGAGUGUACCUGUUAGAGAAUGGACUGAACAUUUUCCUUUGGGUGGGGGUCAAUGCCCAGCAGGAGCUGCUUCAGAACAUCUUUGGCACACCUGCCUUCAGCCAGAUAGACCCCAACAUGACCUCUCUGCCGGCUUUGGAUAAUCCUUUUUCAAAGAGACUGAGGGAGAUUAUCGAGUCCGUCAGGGCACAGCGCUCACGAUACAUGAAGCUCAUGGUGGUGAAACAGGAAGACAAGCUGGAGCUGAUCUUCAAGCACUUCCUGGUGGAGGAUAAGAGCAACAAUGGUGGGGCCUCUUACGUGGACUUCCUGUGUCACAUGCACAAGGAGAUUCGUCAGCUCCUGAGCUAGAAGCAUUGGGUCCACCCUCCUCCUCCUCCUCCCUUGGCUCUGUACUCAGAAGCGCUUUAACUUUUUAUUUAACAUAAUAAAAUCCCUUUGCCCAUCAUCUUCUCUUCCUCAAGUAUAAUCUCAUCCACCCUGACUCUUGAGGAAGAAGCCACCCUGUAAAGGAAAUGUUGCUUGGUCAGAUUACGGUGUUCUUUUGGUUUUAGUGGUGGGAGUUUUGACCCGACUUUCUCCUCCUCUCUUUUGAUGGCAGGUUCAUGAGACUCUGUGUGCGCGUGUGUGAUAGGGAAGGAGAUAUGCUGUUGUUACAUCUCCAGCUGAUCUGGGAUCAGGUUGUGAUGCCUCAGUUAGAGCUUAAACUGCUUUGUUAAACGAACAUCUUCAGAACAGCUACCUGGUUUUAGAGUGUGUUUGACUGUGAACUUCGAUGUUGAUUGUACUGGGUGUUCUGUGAGAAACACUAGCACUGAUUAAUGGCCUCUAGGUACAGAGGGACAGAAGAAUAACCACAUUAAUCUAGAAAUUAAUUUAGACUUACUCAGAAUACAGUGAAAUGAAUACCCGGAAUACCCUCAUCUUAUUCCACUAUGAAUCGAAAGAUGUUUUAGAACAAGAUAGAUUCAUGUCUACCCAAUUAUUUGUAUUUUUUUCUGCGUAAGUUCUGUUUCCCUUUUCAUUUAUCUCUCUCAACCUUGGCCUUACUGAUCCUGUCUUUCAUUUUUCAUCCGUUAUUCUGUUUAUCUUGUCUAAUUUUUGUAAUUUUCACCUUUUUAAUGUGUGCGAUAAACCUAAUAGACUCUGCGGGAGUGUGAAGUGUGCUGUUAAUCGUUCAAAAUGUCUUUUACUCUGAGAAAACAUUUGUAACAAAAGUCUAUGCAUCAACUUAUCUUUAAAAAAAAGAGGGAAAGCUGUUCAAGAGCCUGAGCGAAUAUUAUCUGUAUGCUUAUUUUCUCCUUGCCAUCACCCUCAUCCUCCAUAAGUAGCAGAUACGCCUAAAACUGAUACGUUAGUGUCAUUUCUGCAUCCUGAUGAGGAAUAUGGAUCCCUACGGAUGCCCGGACAGGGAGUUGAAUUUCAGAUGAGCCUCUCAGGGGGGGAUGGGAGUUUUCAAGGCCCUUCAGAUGGUUCAGUAAUUGGGCAUACAUUACAGAAGCAUUCUGGCAUUCAUUGAGUUUCCAUUUAAAUUCUUUUUUUUUUUUCUUUUUUUUUUCUUUCUUUCUUUACUGUAUGGUCUGUUAGUAACCUGUAUAUUACAUGUGCUUGAUCAUCAUGUAUCAGUUAUGAUUUAAUAUUAUGUUCUAAAUCUGUGUGAAGGUUUAUGGUUUUGAACAGGUGGAGUCUCUGUGCUCUAGGAUAUUAAUCUGUGCAAUGGAAGUCUGUGCUGAGAGUGGAGUGCGGGACUCAUUAGAAACUGACCAUUUCUAACUGUUUUUUCCAAGCGAGCGACGUCAAGCACAUGCGGAAUUGUGACCUUAAAAGCAAUCAACACUGAAUACCUUGUCAUCACAUUUAUUACAUGUACAGAAUUAAAAAUCACAUUUUAAAAAUGA